AUGGAGGCUGCACCAGUGCUCUACGCAGUCGACGAGAAGGUCCUGGUAGGAUACCACCAACAUCAGGCGUAUGUCGCGCGGCCCGUGCGCACAGGAGACGAUACGGUCCUCGUGCGCUGGGAGAGCACCGGCGCGCGGGAAGAGGUCGCCGUCGGCGACGUGAAAAAAAUUGAUCUAGACGCCAAGCGCCCGCGGCGCAAGCGCCGCGACGCGAGCGCCGCACAGGCCGAGGCUGCGGCGCCGGCGCGGCGCGAACCGCCGGGCAAGCGGAGGAAGAAAAAGGCCGACGCCGGCGCCCUGGUCGCCCACUGCACCGCGAUCGCUCAGCGAUUCGUGGGGCGCCUCUCAGGCGGCUCGGCCGACGACCAGGAGGAGACCGCAAAAGCGUUGUGGUGCUUCACCCGUUGUUGUGGGCGUAUGGACACUAGCACCGCGAUCGUCGAGGCCGGCGGCGUCGAGGCGCUCUCGGCGCUUCUGGCAAAUGGCUCGGACGUCGGCAAGUCAUACGCCCAGCAGGCGUUGAAAGAACUCGGACCCCUCGCCGAGUACGCGUCGCGACUGCAGUCCGAGAACGCGUCGCUCAAGCGCCAGCUCGCCGGCGACGACGUCGUUGAUCUGUGCGACGGCGACGCCUCGCCGCCCGCGAAGAAGCGCAACGCGCUGCGGGACGCGCACGAUGAGCAGCAGUCAUCGACUCUGAAGCGCGUCAAGGAGGAGAAGGACGCCGUCGAAGGGGCGCGCGACCGCACCGACGCCGUCGCGGCCGCGGCGUCGGCCGCCGCCGCCGCCGCCACCGCCGAGGCAGCGGAUGCCGCCGAGGAGCUCGAGGACGUGCAUGACGACCUCGUGAACCCGCUGACGCUCACUGUGAACGCGCUCCAGACGAAGAUCGACGAGCUCCACGCCCUCGCCUACCAGGUCGACCCUGUCGCGGCCGACGCGAUCAAGAACCGGCAGAACUGAACGUCGCGCGCCGUGUG